CGCAAGUUAAUUUUGCUCGGCCACUCAUCUUCCCGAACCGUAGCCUGAGAUACAAAGAAGCUUUAAACCUAGAAUCGGAAAUAAAGGAAGCGAUUUGAGAGAGAUGGCGAGCGCGGUGGAUGCAGUUGGAGAUCCGAUCCCAACGUCGGCGGUGAUGAUGGCGGCGUCGAAGCACAUAGCGACGAAAUGCAGGAGCGAGAACGUGGCCUUCCUGAAAUGCAAGAAGAACGAUCCUAACCCUGAGAAAUGCCUCGAUAAAGGCAACCAAGUCACUCGAUGUGUUCUUAGCCUACUGAAAGAUAUUCACCAGAGGUGCACGAAAGAGAUGGAUGCUUACGCUGGUUGUAUGUACUACAACACAAAUGAAUUUGAGCUAUGUCGCAAAGAGCAAAAAGAAUUCGAGAAAUCAUGCCCACUUGAAUGAGUGGUGGAAUUGCACCUGCGAUCUCAUGCUCCCAAUAAUUCAGGCUGAUGUGCGUAUUAGCAGAACCUGGUCCUGAGUGAACUUUCAAUGGAACUGUUUAUGGGUGUGAAUGCCACCGAUCUGUAUGGUAGACAUUGCCCUAAGACAACAUUCCUCUCUUCGGUCAUUAUUUAAUGCAUCUGUUGUUGGAAUCAUUGAUGAGAUUUAAUGGUAUCCUGAUUUUGUGUGUUUGGUGAGGAUGGUUUAUCUAGACCCACAUAUUUAGAGAACACCAAGGACUUGCUUGGUAACACCUUUUGGAAUAAACUGAUUUGACCAAGACCUCUUACUUAUAUGGUACCCUUUUCUUUUUAAUAGAGCAUUAAGG